AUGAGGAAACUCAGCAUAGCUUGUGUAAAUGCCAAUGGUAAACUUCGUCAAGAAGCCAUUGACUCUAUUUUAUAUUACUGUAAAAACAUCGAUAUCCUUUUUAUAACAGAGACCUGGCUCCCUCCAGAUAAAACUAUACCCACCCAUUGGCAACAAUAUCAUAUUUAUGGCGAACCAGUCGUAAAUUCUGAUCGUUGUCAAAUGGGCAUUUCACUCUUUAUUAACCCUCUCUUUAAAUAUAGCAAAAUACAUGUAGACACACAAAAAUCAAAAUACUUUUUGACUUGUCAUUUAGACAAUCUAAAAAUUUACUGUGUCUAUUUACCCCCCUCACCUUCUUUAGAUAAUGCAACAACUAUGCAGAUCCUUGAAUCUAUUACACUCACUCCCAACACAAUUCUCUGCGGUGAUUUCAAUGCCCGCAUGGGUAAGCGUACUGGGGAUAGUCGAUGGAAUACUCGAGGCAACAAAUUCUCCGCCUAUUUAGAUACCCACUCACUCAUUGACUAUAAUUCACUCCUUCAAUAUGCCAAGCCAACUCGAGUGGUUUACAAAGAAAGAUCCAGCACUACUGAAACGAGCAUUGUUGAUUACUUCAUUUCACAAUCCACUCUUGUACAGCCAAAAUUAGACAUCAGAACUGACCUAUCGGUUCUUGGAUCUGAUCACAAGCUCAUGAUUUUCUCCUUUGUUUGGAUAGACCAUGACGUGCGUGAUGAUACCCCUCCAGAGCCUUUACGGAACAGAUGGAAGCUUAGUAGACUUCCAGAAAUGCCUGUUCGAACAGCCUACAUUCAGACUAUGCAACAACAAUUUUACAGCAAGAAUUGUGGUGAUCUGAGCACUUUCAAUACAAAAUAUAAUAAAUAA